AUGUCGUCCCGUACGGAUGCUGGUCUUUCCAGCACUCCAAAUCUCCGAGUAACGAUUAUUGCCGCCGAUGGUCUUGCGAAGCGAGAUGUUUUCAGAUUCCCUGAUCCCUUUGCUGUUGCGACCAUUAAUGGCGAACAGACCCAUACAACGACCGUAGCCAAGCGAACGUUGAACCCAUAUUGGAACGAGAGCUUUGACUUCCGAGUCACCGAAGACAGCAUUCUUGCUGUUCAGGUUUUCGAUCAGCGCAAGUUCAAGAAGAAGGACCAAGGGUUUCUCGGUGUUAUAAAUGUCCGCAUUGGAGAUGUUAUCGAGUUGGAGUUGGAGGCAGAUGACCAUAUGCUUACCCGCGACCUAAAGAAAUCAGCAGACAACUUAGUGGUUCAUGGAAAGCUCAUUGUAAACCUUUCGACGAACCUGGCGAGGCCGGCCCGUAAUGGGGGCGGAUCGGCCUCGUCGGAUAAUAGACCAACCUCGUCCUUGUCCGGCCCGAACGGUGUUGCUUCUACUGGAUCCCAGGCUCAGCUUCCCAUCCGACCGGCGAGCAUCAAUGCGACGGCAGGCCCUAGUCAGCAGCAGCCGCAGUCACAGCAGCAGCCUCCUGCUGCUACUGCACAUGCACCUGUACCUGCAUCUGCGGUAGCCUCGUCGUCAUCGUCCAAUUUCCCCGGACGCCAAGCAUCAUCGCAGCAGCAGCAACAACAGUCGCAGCAGCUCAGUCCCUUUGAAGACUCUCACGGGCCGUUGCCCGCCGGUUGGGAGCGUCGGGAAGACAACCUCGGCAGAACCUAUUAUAUCGACCACAAUAGGAGGACCACGAGCUGGAAACGUCCGUCGGCUAAUGGCACCGUCGAGUCCAGAGUUGAUCGUGAAGCGGCCACCCAAGUGGAGCGACAGCGACAUCUGAACCGUACCCUUCCCGAAGAUCGCACCGGCGCCAGCUCGCCCACUCUUUCGCAGGCGCAAACCCAGGUCCAGCAGCAAUCGCCACCCCAACAACCCUCGAGUCCUUCGCAGAUGGCAGUUGCGGGCGCCGCUACACAGCCCGGCACUGGAGAGCUUCCACCCGGCUGGGAGCAGCGCUUCACGCCCGAAGGCCGCCCCUACUUUGUCGACCACAACACUCGAACCACCACGUGGGUGGACCCCCGCCGACACCAGUACGUUCGCGUAUACAGCCCUCACAACAAUUCGAACGGCUUCCAGCAGCAGCCUGUCUCGCAAUUGGGUCCCCUACCUAGCGGGUGGGAGAUGCGUCUCACCAAUACCGCCCGUGUCUACUUCGUCGACCACAACACCAAGACUACAACCUGGGACGACCCGAGGCUGCGGUCUUCUCUGGACCAGAACGUGCCGCAGUACAAGCGCGACUUUAGGAGGAAACUCAUCUACUUUAGGUCGCAGCCCGCCAUGCGCAUCCUUUCUGGCCAGUGCCAUAUCAAGGUGAGGCGGUCUCACAUCUUUGAGGAUUCGUUUGCGGAGAUUCAACGGCAAUCUCCCACGGACCUCAAGAAGCGACUGAUGAUCAAGUUCGACGGAGAGGACGGUCUCGACUACGGUGGUCUUUCUCGAGAAUUCUUCUUCCUGCUCUCGCACGAGAUGUUCAACCCCUUCUACUGUCUCUUCGAGUACUCGGCGCACGACAACUACACUCUGCAGAUUAAUCCCCACUCGGGCAUCAACCCCGAGCAUCUCAACUACUUCAAGUUUAUCGGUCGCGUUGUCGGUCUGGCUAUCUACCACAGGCGCUUCCUCGAUGCCUUCUUCAUCGGCGCGCUGUACAAGAUGAUUCUCGGCAAGCCCGUCGUGCUGGCGGACAUGGAGGGUGUCGACGCCGACUUCCACCGGUCGCUGCAGUGGAUGCUGGACAACGACAUCUCGGGCGGCGUGCUGGAGCAGACGUUCUCAACGGAGGACGAGCGGUUCGGCGUCGUGACGGAGGAGGACCUCAAGCCCAACGGCCGCAACAUCGAGGUGACGAACGAGAACAAGAAGGAGUACGUCGACCUCAUGGUCAAGUGGCGCAUCGAGAAGCGCAUCGCGGAGCAGUUCCAGGCGUUCAAAGAAGGCUUCCACGAGCUCAUCCCGCAGGACCUCAUCAACGUCUUCGACGAGCGCGAGCUCGAGCUCCUCAUCGGCGGCAUCGCCGAGAUCGAUGUCGACGACUGGAAGAAGCACACCGACUACCGCGGAUACACCGAGACCGACGAGGUCAUCCAGUUCUUCUGGCAGACCAUCCGGUCGUGGGACGGCGAGCAAAAAUCCCGCCUGCUCCAGUUCGCCACGGGUACCUCGCGUAUUCCUGUCAACGGGUUCAAGGAUCUGCAGGGGAGCGACGGGCCGAGGAGGUUUACGAUUGAGAAGGCUGGUGAUAUUAAUAACCUGCCCAAGGCGCAUACAUGUUUCAAUCGUCUUGAUCUACCGCAGUACAAGUCGCUCGAGAUGCUCCAGCAAAAACUCACCAUUGCCGUCGAGGAGACUAUGGGCUUCGGGCAGGAGUAA